AUGAAGAAACUGGGAACUAUAAAUAAGACGAAUCCAAAACAGGAUGAACGUGUUUGGGUACCAGAUGCUGCCGAAGGAUUUGUGUUAGGUGUCGUAAUUCGAAAUGUAGCAGAUGAUCGUGUAUUAUUGAGAAUUGAAGACACGGGUCGUGAAAAAACUGUGUGCCGGGAAGAGUUGCAAUCUGUAAAUCCUGCUAAAUUAGAUAAAAUAGAGGAUAUGUCAUCGCUUUCAUAUUUAAACGAAGCUUGUGUAUUACACAAUCUUCGGCAGCGAUACUAUUCAUCGCUUAUUUAUACGUACUCCGGCUUAUUUUGUGUUGUCAUCAAUCCGUACAAAUGGAUGCCUCAUAUCUAUUCAGCAACAGUGAUGAAAAGUUAUCGUGGACGAAAGCGACACGAAGUACCUCCUCAUGUGUUCGCUGUGACCGAUUGUGCUUAUCACGAAAUGUUGCAUCAGCGAGAAGAUCAAUCCAUUCUUUGUACAGGAGAAUCAGGUGCUGGAAAAACGGAAAAUACGAAGAAAGUGAUCCAGUAUUUAGCAGAUAUUGCAGGUGCUGGACGGCACAUGCGCUCAUCAGUUGGAAGGAGUCCUGGAAAGAGUCAGUUGCCGAUACCAUUGCCAUUGUCGCCUCUUUCGGAGAGCUCCGCAUCUGUAGGUCAGUUGGAAGAUCAGUUGCUACUAGCGAACCCAAUACUCGAGGCUUUCGGUAACAGUAAAACAGUUAAGAAUGACAAUUCUUCAAGAUUUGGUAAAUUUAUCAGGAUAAAUUUCGACCAAAGUGGUUGUAUAUCUGGUGCAAAUAUCGAACAUUAUUUGCUGGAAAAGUCGCGUACUAUUCGGCAAGCAACAAAUGAGCGAUCAUUCCACUUUUUUUAUCAAUUAUUGCUUGGUUCAUCUGUUAACAAAAAAAGCAUGUUUUUAAUGGAUAAUAUCGACAGCUAUCGUUUCCUUACUAAUGGAAGUCUCAUCAUCCCGAAUAUUGAUGAUGCUUCCGAAUUAUCAACUACUUUGAAUGCAAUGAGAGGGAUGGAUUUUUCAGAUGCAGACAUCGAUACAAUUAUGCGAAUAACAAGUGCUGUUUUACUAUUAGGAAACUUAUCCUUUACUGAAGAUCGUACUUCUGAUCAAGCAAUACUCGUCGAUGACAGAGUUGCUCAAAAAAUAUGUUGCUUACUUGGAUUGCCAGUUUCGGAUUUAGCAAAAGCAUUUCUAAAACCAAGGGUAAAGGUUGGUCGUGAUUAUGUGCAUAAAGCACAAACCCGUGAGCAGGUUCAGUAUGCGGUUGAAGCUAUUGCAAAAGCAAGCUAUGAAAGAAUGUUUCGAUGGCUGGUGACGCGGAUUAAUCGUUCUUUGGGGCGUUCUACAAGCAGUGGGACAACUUUCAUCGGAAUACUCGAUAUUGCCGGAUUUGAAAUAUUCGAUUUGAACACUUUCGAACAAUUAUGCAUCAAUUACACGAAUGAAAAAUUACAACAAUUAUUCAAUAAUACUAUGUUCGUUUUGGAACAGGAGAUAUAUCGAAAGGAAGGUAUCGAAUGGAGUUUUAUUGACUUUGGCCUUGAUUUGCAACCGACUAUCGAUCUUAUUGAAAAACCAUUAGGUGUUUUAUCAUUGUUGGAUGAGCAGUGUAUAUUUCCGAAGUCAACUGACAAGUCAUACGUGGAAAAAUUGAUUGCUAAUCAGUCAAAACACCCGAAAUUUAUUGUGCCUGAAUUCAGGACGAAGUCUGAUUUUGCUAUUGUUCAUUAUGCAGGCCGUGUAGAUUAUUCUGCAGAUCAAUGGUUAAUGAAAAAUAUGGAUCCACUGAAUGAUUCGGUUGUGUUUUUACUUCAAAAUUCGGGAGAUCAACUUGUAGCAGAAAUGUGGAAGAAUGCAGAAUUUGCAAGUCUGGGUAUGACUGAUCAAACCGAUUACGUAUUUGGCGCACGAACAAAACGAGGAAUGUUUCGCACGGUCGGACAAACGUAUAAAGAACAGCUGUCACGACUAAUGAAAACAUUGCAGAAUACUUCUCCCCAUUUCGUUCGAUGCAUUAUUCCAAAUUAUGAAAAAAAGGCUGGUGUCAUUAAUGGGACCUUAGUAUUAGAUCAACUUCGUUGUAAUGGUGUUUUGGAAGGCAUCCGUAUUUGUCGACAGGGCUAUCCAAAUAGAGCGCCGUUUCAUGACUUUCGCAGGCGAUACGAAUUGCUCGUUGAUCGUGGAACUAUUCCUCCUGGUUUCUUGGAUGGAAAGGAAACUGUUAAACGAAUUCUUGCUGCACUGGAAGUGGAUGCAAGUCUCUUUCGUAUCGGUCAGUCAAAAGUAUUUUUGCGAUCUGGUGUUAUUGCUGCCUUAGAAGAAAUGCGUGAUAAAGAGUUACAACAUUUUGUAAUUCAGUUUCAAACCUGCUGUCGUGGAUAUCUUGCUCGUCGUGCUUUUAAGAAACUUUUGCAGCAAGUUUCUGCAAUUCGGAUAAUCCAAAGGAACGGUUUAGCAUGGUCGCGUUUGAAAGAUUGGAACUGGUGGAGGUUGUUUGCUAAGGUUAAACCUCUUUUGGAAGUUACUGCAAGUGAACAAGCCAUAGCUGCGAAGGAAUCGGAAUUGAAAUCUCUACGAGAUACACUGCUGCAAAAGGAAUAUACUUUGUCGGAUUAUACGACUCGCAUUGAACAGCUAGCAAAUGAUCGUGCUGAAUUGCAAAAAUUACUGGAAGAGGAAAGCGUAGAGAAAACGGAAAUAGAAGAUAUGAAAGAUCAGUUGGUAUCCGUGAAAAUGCAACUGGAGAAACAGGUCGAAACUUUCAGACAGAAAUUUGAAGAAAAGGAAGCUGAAUAUGUUUCCGUCUCUGCAGAAUGUAAAAAACUACAGGAUGAUGCGGCAACUCUUCGAGAUCAACUUUGUGAGGGAAAUAGAAAAUACGAACAGUUACAACUGUCUUACACCUCUGUUGACCAAAAGUUGAGAAAUAUCACCUUAGAGAAGGAUCAGUGUUUUGAAACAAAUGAAAAGAUGUCAAAAGAAAAGAUAUUGCUUGAGGGGAGACUUACAACUGCUACUGAAAAAAUUGUUGCCGAAGAAGAACGAAAUCGACAGAGUGCUAAAUUAAGAGCGAAAUUGGAAACAAAAAUAGCAGAUUAUGAAGAGGAAAAUGCAAAAAUCAAGAAGCAUAUCGAAGUGACGGAAGCAGCAAACCAAAAACUUAGCACAGAAAUUCGAGGUAUUCGAGACGAGAAUGAGGGACUUUUAAUGAAGUUAAACGAGUUAAGUGCUCAACUUCAAAAAAAGGAUGAAGAACUCAUUGCUAUUCUUACACGAAGCGAUGAAGAGCAGUCACAAAAACAAAAUUUGAUGCGACAGACAAAAGAAUUAGUGUUGGAAUUACAAGAAGUUAAAGAAGAUUUGGAAAAUGAGAAAAAUUUGAGAAUAAAAUCAGAAAAGGGAAAACGAGAUUUUAUGGAAGAAUUAGAAGCACUGAAGCAGGAAUUAAUGGAAUCACAAGAUAAAACACAAGCUAAUGUGGAAUUACGAACUGAACGUGAGAAGCAGUAUUUGUCGAUUAAAAAAGAGCUUGAGGAAGCAGCUACACAACAUGAGCAAAAUAUUGCACAAUUGAAAGCUAAGCAUUCACAACAAUUGGAUUCUAUUAGAAUCGAGAAUGAGCAAUUAAAAAAACAAAUGCAGCAGGUAAUUAAAACAAAAAACGGCAUGGAAAAUGAAUUGCAAGAUAAAAUCGCCAUAAUUCAGCGCAAUCAGUCUGCUUAUUUGGAAAAUGAACGGAAAAAAAAGAACGUUGAAAAUUUAUUGAAUGAGUGGCAAACGAAGGCUCGAGACGCUGAAAAAAAUGCUACAGAAUUAAAAUCUGCUCUGAUAAAAGUACAGUCAGAGGUUGAAAGACUCACUCAGGAACUGGAAAGCAGUGAAAACGUUGUUUUAAUUUUGCAUAAGAAAGUGGCAGCUGCAGAAACUCAGAUCACUGAUUUAAGCGACUCGAUCAAUUUAGAAAAGUCUCAAAACGAAGCACUUCGGGCAAAGUUACGAAUUCAAGAUGAUGAAUUAGAAAGUUUGCAGGAAAAUAAAGAGCGUGAUGAAUUUACCAUUGAGAAAUAUGAAAAGGAAAUAAAUUCUCUUAAGCAGCAACUGACUGAUACAAAAAAGAUGAACGAUGAGAAGUUACUUCUACAAACCGAAGAGUUACGUAAAAAACUGACCAAAGAGUUGGAAACUUAUAAGAAGGAGCUAGAACAAAGUGAGUAUGCUCGUGCUCGAAAUGAGAAAGCUAAAGAAAAAUUGCUACAAGAGAAUGAAGAUAUGCUAAAUGAUCUGAAUAGAUUACGGUUCAAUGUACGUGAAAUGGAAAAGAAACAACGAAAAUUUGAUCAAGUGCUUGAAGAAGAAAAAUCAAAUGUGACAAAAGUUAGUGCAGAAAGAGAUAAGCUGGCACAAGAGCUUCGUGAUCAUGAAUCAAAUUCACUGGUGGUAGCAAAGGAAACUGAUUUUCUUAAAAGUCGAAUUGCUGAACUGGAAAACAUUCGAAAUACACUACAAUUGGAUCUCGAUAAUGCUGUUACCAUGAAGGACGAUACUGGUCGCAGUGUUUUAGAACUUGAUCGAAUGAAGAGACAAUUAGAGAUUGAAUUAGCAAACGCAAAAGAGACGAUUACCGAAUUAGAAGAUAAUCUUCAGCUUACUGAAGAUGCAAAACUGCGGUUAGAUGUGACGCUACAGGCGACGAAUGCCGAACUUGAAAAAAUUCGCAAUGGUAAAGAGCGAGAUGACGAUGAGCGUCGUAAAGUGAUGUUGCGAAAGCUUGGUGAUCUGGAAACUGAAUUGGAUUCGGAACGCCGCGCUAAGCUAAUUCUGGUGCAACAAAAGCGUAAAUUAGAAACCGAUCUGCACCAUUCAUUGGAACAACUGGAAGCUAUUACUACUCAAAAGGAGGAUUUUUCACGUCAGCUUCGGAAAUGCAGUUUACAUUUAAAAGAUUUGCAAUCGGAAGUAGAAGAGUCGAAAGAAGCGAAAGAUGUGGCAUUGCUGCGAACGCAGGAUAUGGAGAAAAGAUUGAAAUCGUUAGAAGAUGAAUUGGCAAGAGCAGCGGAAACAAACAUGCAAUUAGCUGCAGAUAGGCGGCGUGCAGAAAGAGAAAGAGAUGAUGCUGUCGAAGAGCUUAGUGUUAAAAGUGGCUUGAUGAGUGCUGAAGAUAAGAAGAGAUUGGAAACGAAAAUUUAUGAGCUGGAAGAAUUGCUUGAAGAAGAACAAAAUAACACCGAAUUGGGCAAUGACAAACUUAAAAAAGCUCAAAUUCAACUGGAAACACUGACGACAGAAUUGGCAGCUGAACGUUCAUUGUGUGAAAAAUUAGAAGCAGAUAAACAAAACUUUGAAAAACAGUGUAAAGAUUUAAAAAUGGCAUUAGAAGAAAUGGAUAAUGACAUGCGAACACGUAACCGAGGACAAAUUGCUGCACUAGAAGCGAAACUUCAAGCAGCAACUGAACAGUAUGCUCAAAUGGAACAGGAACGAAAUACAGCCAAUCGACAGAUUCGACGUAUGGAGAAAAAGUUGAGUGAUACACUGAUGAUGAAUGAAGAAGAGAAGCGAAAUAUAGAACAAUUGAAGGAAACCGCAGAUCGUGCAAUAGCACGUCAUCGUCAGAUGCGUCGACAAAUCGAAGAUUUAGAAGAGGAAGCCUGUCGUGAAAGAUCGAAGUGUCGACAGUUGCAAAGAAGUAUUGAUGAUCUAAAUGAAGCCAAUGAAACACUAACUCGAGAAAAUGCUCAAUUAAAAAGUUUAGCAGCACUUGCACGACGUUCUGGACUGAAUCGACCAAGUACUUCACGUUUUGGUAGUGAGACAGACAGUAUUGGACGUGGCACUCGAAGUUUUGGUGGUGAUAGUACUGAUUUAUUGCGGCCGAAUUCAGGAUCUACAGCAGGAUCUUAUAUUGGAGAUGAUCCAGAUCUUACUGCUAGUUAA